UCAUUAGAUAUAGAUAUCAACAUUCUUGCUUUAGUUUGACUACAGACAGUGGUCGAGCUUCCUUUUACUUGUAGCAAGUACUACCUGAUACAAAUUGGUUUUUAAUUCGUUUGUAUGAUCGUUGCUCCCAGACCCAGACAGAGUUAUGAGUGGGGGAGGGUUGGUGUUUCAAUAUCACUACCAGUUUCUGCGUAUAAGCAAUGGAGUUGCCAUUGGCAGCAACAACCAAACUUGUCAAACAUUUGUUUCCUCCCAUUCCAAUUCCAAACGCCGCUAUCCUACUCUUGCCACCACCAUCACCCAUGCCUUUUCCCUCUCCGGCUCUGGCUCCGGUGCCCAAUACUCUGCAGCAGGGGAAUUAAUCGACGCCGGAAGGAAGCAGCAAAAAAAGAGAAUAGCGGGCAUUGAUCAAGAUGAAUUGUUGGAUCCAAAACUCCUAGCUGAUCCAGACAGUUGCUUUUGUGAGUUUCAAGGGGUUGAAAUCCAUCACAAGCUUUAUGACCCAGGCUCACAUUCCUCAGAUAAAUCUUUACUCACCCACAGCCAGGAUGUCCAGGACCAGACUCAAACCCCAUUAUUGAAGCUCGGUCUUCCUAUGAUUCUACUACAUGGUUUUGGAGCUUCUGUUUUCUCAUGGAACAGAGUUAUGAAGCGAUUGGCACACCUCACAUGCUUCAAAGUUCUUGCCUUUGAUAGACCAGCCUUUGGUUUGACUUCAAGACUCAAUAGUUUUGGGACCCAAAUAAGUGAUGCAAAACCUGUGAAUCCCUACUCCAUGGCGUUUUCUGUGCUUGCUACCUUGUACUUCAUUGAUUUCUUGGCUGCUGAAAAGGCAAUUCUGGUGGGGCAUUCAGCUGGUUCUCUUGUAGCAGUUGAUGCAUACUUUGAAGCUCCUGAACGUAUUGCUGCUCUGAUCCUGAUUGCCCCAGCAAUAUUGGCCCCACGUGCUAUUCGUGAGCCUAAGAUUGUUGAAGGAAACCGCUCUGAAGGAAAUAACCAGACUAACGGAGACAGAUCGGUCUCAAAUAAUAUAAGGAAGCCGCUCUUUAAGCUUUUUGAAGUUUUGUCCAAGUUUACCAAGUACAUCACAGAAGCAGUGAUGCGAAUGAUAAAGGGGAUGGCGGUUAUGCUCAACUCUCUGUAUAAGAAAGCACUUUCUUCUUUCCUUCAAUCUGCCCUUCCCGUAAUGCUGGCAAGGUUGCUAAUUGAUAAAUUUGGUAUAGCUGCCGUAAGGACUGCAUGGUAUGAUUCUAAACAAGUCACUGAACACAUUCUAGAUGGGUAUACCAAGUGGUCGAAUAAAGAUUUGUAUCUUAUGCAGCCACUGAGAGCUAAGGGUUGGGACAGGGCUCUUGUAGAAUUCACAGCAGCAAUGCUUAUAAAUGGCAAGUCUGAAAUGAAGCCACCACUGGCAAAAAGACUACAUGAAAUCUCCUGUCCUGUUCUUAUUGUCACGGGUGACACUGAUCGAAUAGUUCCUUCUUGGAAUGCUGAGAGACUUUCACUGGCGAUCCCUCAAUCUAAGCUUGAAGUAAUCAAGAAUUGCGGUCACUUGCCCCAUGAGGAAAAGGUCGAAGAGUUUGUUAGAGUCGUUGAGAAGUUUCUGCAAAGAGCUUUUGGUGGUUCAAAGGAGCAUUCUCUGCAAGCAGUAACUUGAAACUUGU